UCAGUCUCACACACACAAUUUACACUUUUUUUUUUUCCUUACCUGAAUUCGUUCCCAUUCAGAGCUGCGAUCGAUGAUGGUCUCCAGCAACUCCUCCAAGUCAACAGAUUCCUCCAAAUCCAAAAGUAUGCGGAGGGAUGAAGUGGCUGGUGAUUUACAACUCUUGACAGCCAAGAUAAAUCAGCUCAAGAAACAGAUUCAAGCCGAAAGGGCUCUUUUUAUUCAAGAAAAAGUUGAGAAGAACAGCAAGAAGCUAAGAAGUGAUGUCUCUCAGCUUCUGUCAUUAGCCAAGCUUAGAACUGAUGGUUCGUCUACAGAAAAAAGUGAUGCGGGUAAAAUGCUUUCUUCUAGGAUAAAAAAUCCUCUCUGCAUCCUUACUGGACCAGACCAAGUGAUGGGUGAUGAUAGCAAUAGCAUCCAUGAAGCAGCUAUUUCGAUAAGUGCCAAGCUUCCAGUUGCUGAUAAAAUACCACCUUAUACUACAUGGAUCUUUUUGGACAGAAAUCAGAGAAUGGCAGAUGACCAAUCGGUUGUUGGGAGACGGCGUAUUUAUUACGAUCAAAAUGGAAGUGAAGCUCUAAUAUGUAGUGACAGUGAGGAAGAGAAUACUGAACCAGAGGAAGAGAAGCAUGAAUUUUCAGAGGCAGAAAAUCGUAUCAUACGAAUGGUUUCUCAGGACCAUGAGCCAAGUGAGGAAGUAAUUAAAAUUUUGACACAAUAUGUCGGCGGGAAAUCUUCAGAAAUAUAUGAGGCAUAUAACCUGUUAAAGACAGAAGGUGAAGAUAAGUUAAACCAUGACCCUGAUAGGAGGAUAUCUUUAGACAAAAGUCUCAGUUAUUCAUUAGAUUCUCUUGAUAAUCUCUUUUGCCGACGCUGUUUGGUAUUUGAUUGUCGUCUUCAUGGCUACUCUCAAACUGUUAUUACCCCUUCAGAAAGACAGUACUUUCCUCUCGAGUCUCAAGAGAACGUGAAACCUUGCAGUGAUCGCUGUCACCUUCAGAUUCAAACUGCAAAGAAGCAUUCGGAUCAUCCAAAUGUCCCAAGUGAGACACCCAAUACUAGUUCAGAUCAGUGUCUGCAUAAGAUCCAGAUUGAUGAUGAUUCAGGAAAGUGCAAGGUAUCCGAACAAACAACCACUAUGUUUGAAGAACCAAAGCAAGUCACUGAUGACCAACAACAAUCUUCCUCAAAAAAACAGAAAACGUUGUCAAUACCUGAUACAGCUUCUAUGACAAUUAAAGAUGCUCAUGGUUCUGAUGAAAAAUCAAUUGACAAAAAUAUGGAGAUUGAUGUUACCAUGCCCGAUGUCCAAACAUUGACCAACGAUGAAGCAACUAGUUCUGGUGUUCCAUAUAGUUCUUGUGUUUCAGCAAAUGUGAUUGGGAAUAGAACAAAAGAUGAAGGUCCUCCCAUAAAUUCUGAAUGGAAGCCUCUUGAAAAAGAACUGUACAUGAAGGGAUUAGAGAUUUUUGGGAGAAAUAGCUGCCUCAUAGCUAGAAACUUGCUUCCUGGCUUAAAAAGUUGUAUAGAAGUAGCCAAUUAUAUGUAUGAUGGUGAUGUAGCAACAUCACAGGGAUCAUUUACUGCAAGCUCUAUGUCUGACAGAAAAGGGAGAGCUGAUGCAGAUUGUAAGGAGCAAGAAAUGCGUUCAGGGUCACGUUUGCUUCGCAGAAAGGGUAAGUCGAAGAAACUUAAAUAUUCUUGGAAGUCUGCAGGGCAUCCAUCAAUGUGGAGACGAAUUGCUGAUGGGAAGAACCAGUCUUGCAAGCAAUAUAUUCCAUGUGGAUGCAAAUCAAUGUGCGGGAAGGAAUGUCCUUGCUUAGAUAAUGCUACAUGCUGUGAAAAAUAUUGUGGGUGCUCUAAAAGUUGCAAGAAUAGGUUUAGGGGUUGUCACUGUGCAAAGAGUCAAUGCAGAAGCAGGCAAUGCCCGUGUUUUGCUGCCGGACGUGAAUGUGACCCUGAUGUUUGUAGAAAUUGCUGGGUGAGUUGUGGUGAUGGUUCAUUAGGAGAGCCCCCAAGAAGAGGAGAAGGUCACUGUGGUAACAUGAGGCUCCUUCUGAGGCAGCAGCAAAGGAUUCUAUUGGCUAAAUCUAGUGUUGCUGGCUGGGGAGCAUUUCUGAAGAACUCUGUCAACAAAAAUGAUUAUCUUGGAGAGUACACAGGUGAAUUGAUCUCCCACCGAGAGGCAGAUAAGCGAGGGAAAAUAUACGAUCGUGCCAACUCAUCUUUCCUUUUUGAUUUGAAUGAUCAGUAUGUGCUUGAUGCUUACCGCAAGGGUGACAAACUGAAAUUUGCCAAUCACUCAUCAAAUCCUAACUGUUAUGCAAAGGUAAUGAUGGUAGCAGGUGAUCACCGGGUUGGUAUUUUUGCCAAAGAGCGUAUCGAGGCUGGUGAAGAGCUCUUCUAUGAUUACCGCUAUGGGCCUGAUCAAGCACCUAUAUGGGCUCGCAGACCCGAUGGUUCUAAUCGAGAUGACCUUUUAGUCCCUCAGGGUCGGGCUAAGAAGCACUAACUUAUUAAUGAAUCAUGGCCUCAUGAGGUAAGAAUAGGUUAUGUUAUUUCAUAUAAACGUGCAGAUAAGGCUUAUACACGAUAUAUAGAAGAUGUAUAUAAUAAUAGAGCAAUAAGAAUAAUGUGCAGCAAUCCUGGCCUCUCUUUAUAGUAUAUACUUGCCAGAAAUAAGAGAUUUGUUACGUGUAAUGUAUUUACUACUGUUUAAAAAUCUAUAAGAUAUGGGAGUUAAUGUA